GCCAAGUCAAAAGGCAUAUAUCCCAUACUUCUACUGCAAUGGCACCUCGUAGAAAACGCCAGCGUCUCUCAGUCGACGGCGCAGAAGCAGUCACCGCUGUCGCUGUCGCUGACGCCGAACAGCCCUCCACUUCCACUACCGCUACCGCGACGCCGAAAGAAGCUGGGCGCAGACAGCUCUUCAUUCGCGGUCUUGCGACAGCCGUCACGACCCAAGAUCUAACCGACUACUUCUCCGAAUCAUAUCCCAUCAAGACUGCCGUCGUUGUUCUGGACAAGGAAACCCGCGAGUCCAAAGGCUACGGUUUCGUCACCUUUGCCGACGUUGAGGAUGCACAGAGAGCCAAGGAAGAGCUGAAUGGCACAGAGCUUAAGGGCAAGAAGAUUCGCAUCGAUACUGCCGAGGCUAGGCAGCGUGAGGGCGAGAAAGUCACGGUCAAGGCUGGUGACAGGAUCAAGGCAGAGCGCGAGCAGCAGAUCAAAGAUGCGCAGACGCCGAAGCUGAUUGUAAGAAACCUGCCGUGGACAGUCAAGACGCCCGAGGAUCUGCAAAAGCUGUUCAGAAGCUAUGGCAAGGUCAACUUUGUCAAUUUGCCCAAGAAGCCAAAUGGUGAAUUGAGGGGAUUUGGCUUCGUCUCGCUGCGAGGCAAGAAGAACGCAGAGAAGGCGAUACGAGAGCUGAAUGGCAAGGAGAUUGACGAGAGGCCAAUCGCAGUAGAUUGGGCUGUGGACAGGGACACAUGGCAGGGUCUGCAGAAGACCGAGGAUGCAGGAGAGUCGGGAGCCACGGCGGAGGAUGACGACAUGGACGAUGUUGAAAGCUCUGCGGUCAGCUCAGAUGAAGACUCAGAAGCGGACGGCAGCGAGGACGACGAGGAUGUAGACGACAGCAACACGGAUUACGAAGACGUCUCCGAUGAUGACGAAGAAGGUGGUGUUCCGCUUCAAGACGACAGGCCGAAACGAGAGGAAUACACAGUCUUCAUUCGCAACUUGCCCUUCACAGUCGACGACGAAAAGUUAAUGGAACACUUCAAGCAAUUCGGCGGAGUCCGCUUCGCUCGUGUCGUUGUCGACCGCGAAACAGAGCGACCCAAGGGCACAGGCUUUGUCUCCUUCUUCGCGGAAGAGGACAUGAUCAACUGCCUCAAGGGCGUCCCCCGCGUCAAGCUGCAAAAAAAGAACCUCGACAAGAAGGAUGGAUCAACAAUAACCGUCACGCACUCCGUUCUUGAAGACGAAGACGCCGACCCUACGGGCAGUUAUACUCUCGAUGGUCGCAUCCUGCAACUCAGCCGCGCGGUCGACAAGAAUGAAGCCACCCGUUUAACAGCAGAAGGCGCCGCAUCGCGCUUCAGCCGCGACAAAGACAAGCGCCGCCUGUAUCUCCUCUCCGAAGGAACUAUCGCCUCCAACUCGCCUCUGUACCAGAAACUCUCACCCUCGGAAGUCAAAAUGCGCGAAGAAAGCGCAACCAUGCGUCGCAAGCAGAUUCAAGAAAACCCUUCCCUCCAUUUGUCGUUAACCCGUCUGUCUAUCCGCAACAUACCCCGCAGCAUCACCUCAAAAGACCUCAAACAACUCGCCCGUAGUGCCGUUGUCGGUUUCGCUGCCGACGUCAAAGCCGGUAAGCGCUCGAAGCUUAACAGGGAAGAAGUCAUCCGCGGCGGCCAAGAAAUGCUCGUUGCAGAAAAAAUGCGUAAAAAGAAGGGAAAGGGUAUCGUCAAGCAAGCUAAAAUCGUCUUCGAGACCCCAGCAGGUAGUAAAGUUGCUGAAGAUACAGGCGCAGGGAGGAGCAGAGGAUAUGGGUUUAUUGAGUAUUACACGCAUCGCAGUGCGCUUAUGGGGUUGAGGUGGUUGAACGGGCAUGCAGUAGACUAUAAGAUUAAGGGAGAGACACCAAAGAAUAAGUCGAAGGCAAAGGAGGCCCUGGAGGAUAAACGGAAACGUUUGAUUGUCGAGUUUGCGAUCGAAAACGCGAAUGUGGUAAGUAGACGCUCAGACCGCGAAGACAAGGCCCGCGAGCCUCCCACCGACGCCAAGGCAGCGAACAGCGAGUCAAAGAAGCGAAAGCGUGAUUCUAGUGCUACGUCUAGAGCCUCUUCGGGUGCGCAGCUAAAGGCUGGCAAGGGCAAGGGAAGCGGGAAGAGUGGCCAGGGUUCGGGCGCGGAAGAGGACGGACAUGCCGGUGCGAAGGACAAGGAUCAGGGCAAGCUGGCACAGAGGACGAGAAUCAUUGCGAAGAAGAGGCAAGCUAGGAAAGCGAAGAAGGCUAGCAAGGCAUAAUCCUGUCUGUGUAGUAGCAUAUAGCGAGGGCGUUCUUGUGGCGUACAUCACAAAAGAAAAAGUUCAUGUUCUUCUGAUGUUUCAGCAAACUUGACCGCUUCGGAAUGGUGCUACGGCAGUCAAUGUGGUUGGUGGUGAUGUGUAGUUAGAGAAUGCGAGAAAGUGACGAACAACGAAAACGGGGAGGUCGAGCCGACCCGAACGCCACCAUGUUUGUCGGCCCUAUUUCAACUAAGCCACCAUGCAGAACAAAACAAAAGUGGG